AGUUUCCGUGACGUAGUACGCACUUCAGUUUCAAGAUGGCGGAGGCAGCUGUCGAAAAUCCAGAUCAAACUGCAAACAAUCGAUUUUAUUGUCACCAAUGCUCAAUAGAAAUAGAACCAAAGCUUCCAGAUUUUACGUGUCCAGAAUGUGACAAUGGUUUUAUAGAAGAAAUAUCAGAGGGUGCAAACACAGCAUCUGGUACAAGUAGUAGUACACCACAGCAACAGCCUGUUCCUGAUCCUGCAGCAAGAUUUGCAGAGCUAUGGGGUCGAGCAUUUUUAGAAAGUUUUAGCAAUCAUACAGCAGAGCGUGAUGAAGGUGUAGCCUGGGCUCGCGACCGUGACUCUGAUGAUGAUGAACAAGAAGGCUCCUCCCGGCGGCAACACAGAGCUUUCCAACCAUCACGUGUCUCAUUUAGAAGAGCACGACCAAUAAGAAACCAAUAUUUACAAGGGUUAUUUCAGUACUUUACAGAUAGAUUAGACAAUGAAUUAGGUGCCGGGGGUGGGGGUUCUGGGGGUUUCACCAUGCAAGGAAUUCCAGUGAACAUACUACCUGGUAUAGUACCUCUACAUAGUAACCCUGAAGAUUAUGCCUGGGGAACUGGUGGACUUGAUGCUAUAAUUACUCAACUUUUAAAUCAAUUAGAGGGAUCUGGUGCCCCGCCAGCGCAAAAAGAAAAGAUUGACAGUUUACCUGUAGUAUCUAUAACACAGACACAAGUUGAUAAUGUACUACAAUGUUCUGUAUGUAUGGAUGAUUUUAGUAUAAAUGAAGAAGUUAACAAACUCCCCUGUGAUCACCACUACCACAAAGACUGCAUUGUCACAUGGUUAAAAAUGCAUGGAACAUGUCCUGUUUGUAGAAAAGAUUUAAGUGGUGAGGACACUUCUCUCAAAGACAAUAUAACACCAAUAUUAGAUGAUGAUGAUGAUUCACCCAUCAAUAAUGAUCCAUCUAACGGAAUGACAUAAACUAUUAUAUCUUUACUUCUAUGUAUAAUUAAAACACACGCUGCAACUAUUUGUUUUUAUCCAGGAUUUAUUAUUUAAUGAUAUGGAUAUCUUUUAUCUUAUACCAGCUAAGUUUUUUCUAACAUGACUUUGAUGCUUGUAUAUAUAAACUGGUGAGACAACUAACUCCUAACUGUCAUCUAUUUUGUAUUGUUUUAAACCUUGUUGUUUGUUCAUCAAUUUUGGAAUAGCACUAAUACUGAUGGAUUUAGGAAAAGAAAUUAUAGAAAAUUCAAGAAUGUAGAGCAAAAUUGAAAGUUCAGGAAUGUAGUGCAAACGUAGGGUUUCUGUAACUUUACACUGUAUAAUUUAGUUGAACUAAUGUUAUAUUCUUUCAGUAUACAUUUAUUUCUGAGUAAAAAUAGUUUAUAUAAAAUAUUUGUUUGUCAGUGGUAGAAAUAAUAUGUACAAAGCAGCACUAUCAAAAUAAAUGCCACCAUUUGGAAAUAUUAAUUUCAUAAUUCAGAGAGUAUUUUACAUUUGGUAAUAAUGUUGAAGAAACAGUUACUAUAACAUAAACCUUAUAUAGUAACACGACAUGCACUUCUAGUAUAAACAAGACAUUAUUAGCAGUACAUAUCGAAGAAAAACAGUGGAGCUAUAGUCAUAACCCACUCAUUGGCAUUGGUUAACCUUUUCAAUAAUGUCGAUUCAAUUUUCUCAGAAGGUAUAAAAGCUAUUCAUUUCAAACUUGGUAUACAUGUCUAUUGUCAUAAAGGACACGAUUUCAAAAGGGUAGAUUAACUGCUAAAAAAAAUCUGUAAAGUUAGCAUCUUUUUCUAUCUUGUUAUUAUUUAACCUAUCCAACACAUAAGUAUGCUGUCCACAGACAGGUUUUGUUUUCUUUCAAUUCUCAAAUUCUUUAUUAGACUACAUGAACUAAGUCUGUUAUUUUUAUCUGUUUUUGUUCUCAAUUCUGUUGAAGGAUCUGACUGGCAUUUUAACAUAGGUUUAAAUCGUUUAAUAUCCUGUAUAUAAAGAGAUAGGUACAGUGUGUUAUGUUAACAUUGUGAUUUAUAUUAAUGACAAGUUUAUUGAUAUUAAAUGUUAUAACAUGACUGAGUGAGGACUGAAUCAUAAUGUAUACUGAAUAGGUUUAUACUGUAAUGAAGAAAUGAUAUAUGGGUAACUCCGAUAUAUUACAAUGUUUAUAAUGUUUGGUGUACAUGCAUGAAUCAAACAAACGGCUAAGAUGAUAGAUAGAAAUACCACAGAAACCUUGUUAUAGUUACACACAGAUUAUUUCUAUUCUACCACUGGUGAUCAGCUAGCGUUAACCUGUAUAUUACAUGAAUUCGUUUUUUGAUGCAAAAUACAGUUAUAUUUAAUUGUUACAUACAUUAUAUUUAGUCAGUACAUGAUGAUUGUGUAUUGACAAUAAAUUUAAAGGACAAAUAAUUCCUGUGGUUUUGUUAAGAUUUAUUUUAAUCAUUUUACCAAAUAUAUAUAAGAAUUAAAUUAAUUCUGUGUGUUAUUCUGGUGAAUUAUUUCGCUGUUAUUAAUUGGGUAAAGUUGUUUAAUUUAUGUGUGAAUAUAACAUUACAGCAAUCAGCUAAAGAAAAUAAACCUAUCGGGAAAAGCACAGUCCUGCAAUAUUCUUUAUAAUAAAAGAACUACAUUUAAAUGAGUAUAAACCAGGUGAUGCUUCGUUUAGCAUGCUACUUUAUCAGUGGUACAUUGUACUACAUAUACUACAUUCUUCACUUGUUUAAUUAGCUGAUGGAAAACAAAUAUUAUGGUAAAUUCUUACUUUUAUUCUUCAGUCAAAAUAGCUUUUCUCUGACAAAUAUGUUCAUAUGUUAGAAAAUUUGACUGCAUUUCUGCUAUUUGUAAUCAAUGUCAAUCAAACCAUAUCUUCAUUUAUAUUUGAUACACUAAUUGUUAACUCUUUUUUUUUAUUA